AUGGAGAGUGACGCCUUGUCGAAUGCGGUCGUUUACAUGACGGCGGGUCCCGCUCUCCCUGGGCCUCUGGAGGGUCCUCUGGAGGCGCCGCCGCGGCCGCCGCGGGGCCCCAAGGAGGAGCAGCCGCCGCCGGGCCGGCCGCCCGCGGGGAUGGCCUCGUCGGGCAGCCCGUCCCCCGGGGGCCCCUCCGCGGCCGGCGCACCUGGCGGGACUUCCUCCGCCGCGACGGCUGCCGCCGUGCUCUCCUUGAGCACCGCGGCGCUGGGGAACCAGAGCGAUGGGAGCGGGGGCGACAGCACGGGCGCCUGGGCGGGCGGCGGGGGCGGCGGGGGCGGCGGGCCCCGGGCGGCGGGGAGGCCCCCGCCGGGCCCCGAGGCGGCGGCGCCGCUGCUGUCGCACGGGGCGGCGGUGGCGGCCCAGGCGCUCGUGCUCCUGCUCAUCUUCCUGCUGUCUAGCCUGGGCAACUGCGCGGUGAUGGCGGUGAUCGUGAAGCACCGGCAGCUCCGCACCGUCACCAACGCCUUCAUCCUCUCCCUGUCCCUGUCGGAUCUGCUCACGGCGCUGCUCUGCCUGCCCGCCGCCUUCCUGGACCUUUUCACGCCGCCGCCGGGGGGCUCGGUCCCCGCCGCCGCCGCCGCCGCCGCCGCCGGGCCCUGGCGCGGCUUCUGCGCCGCCAGCCGCUUCUUCAGCUCGUGCUUCGGCAUCGUUUCCACGCUCAGCGUGGCCCUCGUCUCGCUGGACCGCUACUGCGCCAUCGUGCGGCCGCCGCGGGAGAAGCUCGGCCGCCGCCGCGCGCUGCAGCUGCUGGCGGGCGCCUGGCUGGCGGCCCUGGGCUUCUCCCUGCCCUGGGAGCUGCUCCGCGCGCCCCGCGCGGCCCCCGCGCCCCCCGCGCCCCCCGCGCCCCCCGCGGCGCAGAGCUUCCACGGCUGCCUGUACCGCACGUCCCCGGACCCCGCGCAGCUGGGCGCGGCCUACAGCGUGGGGCUGGUGGUGGCCUGCUACCUGCUGCCCUUCCUGCUCAUGGGCUUCUGCCACUACCACAUCUGCAGGGCGGUGCGCCUGUCGGACGCGCGCGUGCGGCCCCUGACCACGCACGCGCGCGUGCUGCGCUUCUUCGGCGAGGUGCGCACGGCCACCGCCCUGCUCGUCAUGAUCGUCUUCGCCGUCUGCUGCUGGGGGCCCCACUGCUGCCUGGUGCUGCUGGCCGCGGCCCGCCAGGCCCCCGCGGCGCAGGCCCCCUCGCCCCUCAACGUGGCGGCCGUCUGGCUGACCUGGGCCAACGGGGCCAUCAACCCUGUCAUCUACGCCGUUCGCAACCCCAACGUUUCCGUGCUCCUGGGACGCAGCCGGGAAGAGGGCUACCGGCCUAGGAACGUGGACGCCUUCCUGCCCAGCCAGGGCCCAGCCCUGCGGGCCAGGAGCCGGGAUCGCCUCCGAAACCGCUGUGCCAACCGGCUGCGAGCUCGCAGCGGGAGGUCACCUUCCAACCCUGCCAGCGGGAUGCGGGGGGAUGUGGCCGUGUGGGCGCGAAAGAACCCCGUCGUGCUUUUUUGCAGGGAGGGUCCCCCGGGGCCUGUGACUGCAGCGGUCAAGCAGCCGAAGUGUGAAGGCGGGGAUGCCAGCCUCUAAGAAGGCUCGGGAUGCAUAGCUGGUGAAGGCAAAUUUUCCACCUGCUGCGUUUAAUGAUGCAGGAUUCCGGGGGAGAACCGUGUAUUUCACGAAGGCAAACAUUAAAAAAAAAGAGAGAGAGACAAAGGGGGAGGCUUACCACUUCCCCCAAACAACAUAGGAGACACUGUGCCCUUCUUCAAAAGUGCCAAAUGUAAAAUGCAAACAUUAAAACAAUAUCAAACCACACAACCGAGCAUUGUGAACUGUAAGUGCCAAAAAACGACAAAAAUAGAAUUCACAAUUACCGCUAAGCUCAUAUUACAGGUAUCACACUGUGAAAUGAACACACAAAAAUCAUUGAAUGCCACCAGGAUUUGUCUAAAUACAGAGUUUCAGGAAAGAAUGGAGAUCUUCAGGAUUACUUGAAGGGCCCUCUAAAUCACCAGCAUUCAACAAAACUUGAGAUUUUAGAACUUGCACCUUUGAGACAUGCUUUGGCUGCUUAGGUUAGGAACGAAAAAUUCUUAUCUUUACACACUCUGGUGUACUUCCCUCCCACCCCAUGUCCCUGUAAUCUUUGUGGGAAAUUUUAUACUCCUAUCCCAUUUUAAACCAUUUCAGAAUUUUGAAAUUGUGUCUUGUUGCCAUAAAAUCGACCAUCUGAAGGGCAAGUAGAAGUAUGAACAUAAAGAAAUGUGGCUGUUGAAAACUGUAUACCAAAAUUAAACUUUACCCUUACUCUCA